UUUCUUUUUUCUUUUCUUUUCUUUCUUUCUUGUUGCUUGUUGCUGUUGUUUCAUAUUCUUACAUCUUCUUCAUUCUUUUUUAAUAUACAUUCAAUUACAACAUGAGAGAAAUCAUUCACUUGCAAGCAGGUCAAUGUGGUAAUCAGAUUGGACAACAAUUCUGGGAAACCAUCUCACAAGAACAUGGUAUUGAUACCAACGGUAACUACAUUGGUGACAACGAUCUCCAAUUAGAACGCAUCAAUGUAUUUUAUAAUGAAGGCUCUGAAGGCAAAUAUGUGCCAAGAGCUGUAUUAGUCGAUCUUGAACCUGCCACUAUGGAUGGUAUUCGUAAUAGUGCUUAUGGUAAAAUCUAUAGACCUGAUAACUUUGUCAAUGCCCAAUCUGGUGCUGGUAACUCUUGGGCAAAGGGUUACUACACUGAAGGUGCCGAAUUAGUAGAAUCCAUCAUGGAUGUUGUCCGUAAAGAAGCUGAAAACACCGACUGCCUUCAAGGUUUCCAACUUGCUCACUCUCUUGGUGGUGGCACCGGUUCUGGUCUCGGUUCCCUUUUACUUUCCAAGAUUCGUGAAGAAUAUCCUGACCGUAUCUUGAGUACUUACUCUGUCGUACCUUCACCCAAGGUAUCCGAUACCGUCGUUGAACCUUAUAAUGCUGUUCUUUCAGUUCAUCAACUUGUCGAAAACUGUGAUGCCACUUACUGUAUCGAUAACGAAGCUCUUUAUGACAUCUGUUUCAGAACACUCAAACUCACCAACCCCGAUUACCCUGACUUGAAUCAACUUGUCUCUGCUGUCAUGUCUGGUGUCUCCACCAGUUUGCGUUUCCCCGGUCAAUUGAAUUCUGACUUGCGUAAGCUCUGUGUGAACAUGGUCCCCUUCCCUCGUCUUCACUUCUUCAUGGUCGGUUUUGCUCCCUUGACCGCUUUUGGUUCUCAGCAAUACCGUAACUUGAGCGUACCCGAAUUAACCGCUCAGAUGUUUGAUGCCCGUAACAUGAUGGCUGCCUCUGAUCCUCGUCAUGGUCGUUACUUGACUGCCGGCACCAUCUUCCGUGGUCGUUUAUCUACCAAGGAAGUCGAAAACCAAAUGUUGGCUGUUCAACAAAAGAACUCUUCUUACUUUGUUGAAUGGAUUCCCAACAGUGUCAAGACCUCUCUCUGUGAUAUUCCUCCUGUUGGUCUCAAGAUGUCUGGUACUUUCAUUGGUAACAGCACUGCCAUUCAAGAAUUAUUCAAGCGUGUGAACGAACAGUUCACGGCAAUGUUUAGAAGAAAGGCUUUCUUGCAUUGGUACACUGGAGAAGGUAUGGAUGAAAUGGAAUUCACAGAAGCAGAGUCCAACAUGAACGACUUGGUCUCUGAAUACCAACAAUACCAAGAAGCAACCAUCGAAGAAGAAUACGAUGAAGAAUACGCCGAUGAACAAAUGGAGGAUGAUGAAGAACACAUGGAAGAAUAA